AUGGCGAUCAAGAAAGACUUUCGUGUUCCUGCUCAUUUUUCUGCUUCUGUGGCUGUUUCUCCUGCUUCUGAACCUCCAGCGGUAUCUGUAAAUAGAAAAUCUUCCAGGCCUACUAAGCCCCCUAUUUGGAUGCAUGACUAUGUCUCCACAGAUCCCACUUCCUAUGUUGAGCCUGUUAAAGACCCCCAUUGGGUUGCUGCUAUGAAAUCUGAGAUUCAAGCAUUACAAGACAAUCACACUUGGAGUUUAGUAGAAUUACCAGCUGGAAAGAAACCUAUCGGGUGCAAAUGGGUGUUCAAGGUUAAAUACACAUCCUCAGGAGCUGUGGAAAGGUACAAGGCUCAACUUGUGGCAACGGGUUAUAGCCAGCAAGAGGGGUUGGAUUACACUGAGACUUUCUCUCCAGUUGCUAAGAUGGUUACAGUCAGGUUCCUUCUGGGUUUGCCAGCCAGGAGGGGAAGCAUGAUGUCUGCAAACUACAUAAGUCCCUUUAUGGACUCAAACAAGGCACCUAGGCAAUGGAAUAAGAAACUCACAGAUGCAUUGGUACAACUUGGCUUGUCACAAAGUCAUUUUGACUAUUCUUUAUUCACCAAGACAGUUCAGGGAGAGUUGGUAAUUGUCUUAGUAUAUGUGGAUGAUUUGCUGGUGACAGGGAGCAAUGCAGCCUGA